AUGGUAACAUGUAGCAAAGGGCCUUAUUUUUUGAAGGCAAUAGAUUGUUCAAGGGAAGAAAAAAAAGCAAAAUUUUUUCAUAACCAGUUAUGUGACAGCAUUGAGGAGGUGGGAGCAUCACAUGUAGUCCUAGUUGUUACUGAUAUUGCCCCUGUUUGUAAAGUAGCAGGCAUGUUGGUGCAAAAAACGUACAGGCAGAUAUUUUGGACACCAUGUUGUGUGCAUUCGUUGAAUAAUGCACUCAAAGAUAUUAGCAAGUUCCAAUGGAUUACAGAUCUCAUAGAGAAAGGAGGGAAAAUACAAAUGUUCAUAUGGAACAAUCACCACACACAAGCUAUUUAUCGUAACUUUGCCAAGGUGGAACUUCUCAAACUUGUUGAUACACGUUUUGCAUCUUACUUCAUUCUUCUUGACCGCCUUUGUGAAGUCAAAGGAGCUUUGUGUUCCAUAGUUGUUAGUGAUGCAUGGGCAACUUGGAAGCAAUCUACAUCAGAUAUUGCGGUUGAGGUGAGAGGUAUGGUCCUUGAUCAGUAUUCUUGGGUUGAUAUUAAGUUUGUUGUGGACUUUAUUAAGCCCAUAUGUGAGGUGAUCAGAUUUGCAAAUUCAAACAUGACAUGUUUGGGAGAGGUUUAUGAAACAAUAGAUUCCAUGUGUGAACAAGUCAAGAAGAUAGCAGAUGCAAAAGAUAUUUCUCUAUAUCCUUUGAUAGAGGAAAAGUUACAUGGAAGGUGGAACAAACUUAACACACCUCUUCGUUGUGUGGCCUAUGCCUUAAUCCUAAAUGGUAUGACAUAG